UUUGCCCACAGACUCUCAACAGGAGCGAUACGGGAGCAGCAACUGGUUCGUCCGUCUUACCGGUGCUGCUUCUGCUGCUACAGCACCUUCUACAGUCGGGGGAAAACAGACUGGCCGACGCAUUUGACGACCAAUUUCGGUGGAAUAACGCUGCACCAAGCUGCUUUCACACAUAUCUGCAGGCUUUGAUACUUGGAGGACACAGCUUCUUCGCCAAUGGCAAGUCCGGUUGCAGACAUAGGACAGUCUCAUCAGCAUCACCCCGUGAACGAGUCGGCCGCACAGUCCGCGUUUCUGGAGGCGCAGAAAUGGAUAGAGGCUGUGACAGGAAGAUGUUUUGGUGACAAGGAUUUCAGAGGAGGUUUGGAGAAUGGAAUACUACUGUGCGAGUUGCUGAGCUCAAUUAGACCUGGACUGGUGAAGAAAAUCAACAGACUUCCAACACCAAUUGCUGGCCUAGACAACCUCAGUGUGUUUUUGCGUGGCUGUGAGGAGUUAGGACUGAAGGGCUCCCAGCUCUUUGACCCUGGAGACCUGCAGGACACAUCAACACGCCCCACAGCCAAGGGAAGUGACGGCAGUCGAAAGCUCAAGAAUGUUUUAAUUACUAUCUACUGGUUGGGUCGUGCUGCCAAUAGCUGUACAUCCUACAACGGGCCCACGUUGGACCUGAAAGAGUUUGAGGGCCUGCUGUCACAGAUGCGAAAGGAGACAGAAGAGGCAGAGAGCCCUAAACGCAGUAUCCGGGACAGUGGCUACAUUGACUGCUGGGACUCUGAGCGCAGCGACUCUCUCUCUCCGCCACGCCACGGGCGCGAGGAUUCAUUCGACAGCCUGGACUCCUUCGGAUCACGCUCAAGACAAACCCCGUCACCAGACGUCCUGGUCGCCCGCGGCAGCAGUGAUGGCCGUGGCAGCGACUCGGAGUCUGAUGGCGCUCCUCACCGGAAGCUGCCAGACGUUCGUAAGGAUGACAUGUUGGCACGACGGACGUCUGUCAGCGAGCUACGAACCGCCGUACCCUUUAACCAGUACCUGCCCAACAAGAGCAACCAGAGUGGAUAUCUGCCAACGCCACUACGCAAAAAGAGCAACGACAAAGAGGAGGGAGGACACAAGAGCUGGAGUACCGCCACUUCACCUGUAGGGGGUGACAGACCUCUUAGUCUAAAUGAGGUCUGUAGCUUAGAAAUCCCUCCUGGAGAAUCCCCUAGUCCAUCCCCCACCCUGCCCCUUAAACCCUGUACACAGAUUCAAAAGGAGAACCACAUUAAAAAGGACAAGCAGGAAGGGAGGCAGUCUGCAUCUCCGCCUUGCAUUGAGAUCCAUACAGCAGGCAAAAGAAGGAGAAGUGAGCCUCUGCCCAGUAGUCUCCCCCAGCCCCAAGCAGAGCCCUCAAGAGAGACUGUAAUUCAUCUGAUGGUCACCUCUGAGCAAAGGAGUGUGAGUAUGAUCGACAUGCGUGGUGAGGAAGAAGCCACAUCACAGCCGCACAGUCAGGUGCGUCAUGAGCGGAUGCAUAACCAGUACAACAAAAUGAAGGAAGAGGACGACCACUGGCAGGAUGACCUGGCCCGAUGGAAAAGUCGGAGGAGGAGUAUUUCCCAGGACCUGAUCAAAAAGGAGGAGGAAAGGAAGAUGAUGGAGCGCCUGAUGUCAGGAGACACCUACACCUCUCAGAGGAGAAGAAGCAUCAAGACCUAUAGGGAGAUAGUGGAGGACAAGGAGCGUCGUGAGGAGGAGCUACGAAAGGCAUACAGGAAAGCCAAAACUCCUGAAGAGGCGACUGCCAUUCUCCAACGUUACGCCCAGCGUUUCUCCAUAAGCGAAGCAGUCCUCGAACGCCUGCAGCUGCCAAAGUUGUUGGAUCGCAGCAUAUCCGCUGACCCCUCCUUCCCCACCUCACCUUUCCCGCUCUCCCUCUCCCUGUCAGCCUCUCCCACGACACCAGACCCUUUCGAUUCUGACUUCAAUGGGCCCAUGAGGUAUCUGCGCCAGCAGUCUGCCCCGACUCCAAAGUUUACUUCUACAUUUGAGGCGCGAAUCGAGGAGUUUCCCAAAGACCCGUCCUCACACCAGCGGUCUCAGAUACGCUCUCGCUCCUCUGAACCGCCAUCAACCCGAGCCCUGUCACCCAAACCGGUGCCUUUGCUGAUGCCCAAGCCUUAUUUCCAGGCCCGACCUGCAGGAGGUGAAACUUGGAACAACAAGGUGGAUGGUUUGCUGCGAGUAAAUGGUGACGUUGGAAGCGACGAUGUUCCCACCACACCUGAGAGUCAAUGGAGGGACUCGCCUCCUCAUUUUCAGGCAUCCCCUUCCCAAAGCAAAAACAGCACUGUAGAUGGUGCUGUAGAUGCUCCCUCGUCAGAAACCUCACUCCCUCACAGUACCCACACCUCUUCUAGGGAAGGAAGUCCAGUGUCAACAAAGGCAAAGGAGACACAAGAUGUUACAGAGAUAGCUUCUGAGGACACUCAGGAGGUCCAGGACGAGAAAGUCACUGAGUCAACACCACCCAGCCGGCCCACCUCACUCCCAUCAGAGCUGCAGAAGCCACAGGAAAGCUUUGGAAAGACUGGAGACCAGACAGCAGCUGCUUCAGAGGAAGAAAAGCCAAAUGCUGUAGCUCAUCAAAACCCACCUGCAGGUAAAGCCAAACAAGAACAAGAAAUGCCCAAACCAUCUAGUGAAGAGCUCUCUAAUCUUGUCCAGUCUGGGGUUGAUAUACAGUCAUAUCAGCCAGGCAAUGAUCCCUGUUCCCAGGAGCUCUUACAGAAGUCAGAGAUGGCAUCAAGCUCAGCUCCACCAGGAUCAUCUGGUUAUCACCAGCAAUGGGAAACAAAAGCAGAGCUUGCAAACAGUGUCAGGUCUUCGUUGGCAACCAGCAGCCCUAAAUUACGCUGGGAGUUCUUCGCUCCGCAAGAAGAGGCCGAAAAGGAUCGCCGUGGAAAUGUGUCAGUUCCGGUGUUACCCCAGGCCAAGCGGGGAGACCGCUGGUCUUGGGACCCGGAUGAGGAGCGAAAGCGUCAGGAAAGGUGGCAGCAAGAGCAGGAGCGCAUGCUGCAGGAGAAGUACCAGCGUGAGCAGGAGAAACUGAAGGAGGAGUGGGAGAAAGCACAGAAGGAGGUGGCAGAGGAGGAGAGGAAGUACCACGAGGAGGAGCGUCGGAUACUGGAGGAAACCGUGACGCCUCUGACGCCCCGCUCUUCCGCCCUGCCCUCCCCCAGUCGAGGUGAACUCUCCUCCAUCUCAACUGAUCCUCAGGACACUAUCGUUCGUUCUCUGGCUGACUGGGAACGUAAACAGGAACUGCUGGAGAGGCAGUCGAGGGAGAGCACAGAGAGCGUGGAUCUGAAACGGAGAGAAAAUGACCGGACUAGUGACAUCAGCACCGCUGAUGACAGCAUGAAAACAGCCAGAAGCUCAAUGAGUCAGAGCAGCAGUCAGGCGGAGAAAUUUGGUCACAGCCUACAGAAUGGCCAAAAGGUUCCUCUGGUGCUGGCCAAGUCUUCAACACCAGUCAAGAAACAACAAGAACUCCCAGCAGACGGCAGCAAACCUCCAGGAGGACGAAGGAGUGGCCCUAUUGAUAAUAACAUGGGCCGCAGCUCAUCAAAAACCCCUGCAGCAUGCCCACCACCCUCUGACGCACUGCCUCCAGCACCCAACAGGUCUGUCAGUGGGAAGAAGCUGUGUUCCAGCUGUGGUCAGCCAUUAGGGAAAGGGGCUGCCAUGAUCAUAGAGACCCUCAGCCUCUAUUUCCACAUCCACUGCUUUAAGUGUGGCGUGUGUAAAGGACAGUUAGGCGAUACAACCACAGGGACGGAUGUCCGAAUAAAAAACGGCCUCCUCAACUGCCACCAGUGCUACAUCCGCUCCCGCUCUGCCGGACAGCCAACCACAUUGUGACGCUCGACUGACAAGCACAAGGUUCAAAGGAAGAACCCCCCCCAUCCCUGUUUUAACCUGAUUAUCUGCAAAUCACGUCCUUCGCAGCGUGUCAGAAUCUUUGCAUCUUCUGCAGUUCGAUAACCAUUCAAGAUUCAUCAUGUGGCCCAAAUGUGGGGAAAAAAAAAAUCUUCAUAUGUGUGUCAUCUGAUGCAUGAGUGAAAUCUGGAUUUGAUUGGUCCUCGUGCCACCACAGACUGUGUUUCAUCACGCAGCAGCGAGAAAAAAAGACUGCUCUGAGGCGGCAGCCAUGUUGAAAAGAAAACACAUCUGCAGAUGCUUCAAACACAGGUAGACUAUGUUGAUGCCCUGUACUGUCUGAAUGAACACACAAAAAGCAAACAAGGUGUUCAAAAAUGUGAAUUAUUGCCAGUAUAUUAUAUCACUUUUUAUCAUUUAAGAGAGAUUUUCUUAAUUUGGAGGGAUAAGCAUCCAAAAACUGGAAAGAAUAUAGAUUAUGUGGUAAGGCAGCUAAGCAGACAGAGAGCCUAAACAGGUUUAAUCCGAAACACAUUAAUAAAUGUAUCCUCCUUCAAUUAAGUGAUAAAUUAAAGCAAACAGAUAUAGAAAGUGCAAUAAAGGUGACUAUUUAGACUCAAAUACAAUAUAGAGCAAGCCACUAUUUUUUAUCCUUUGGCCCUCGCAGUGACCUCCAGUGUCUCUUUUUCUGUACAGAAUAAAAUUAGCUUCGAGUAUAAAGACAUAGUAUGGAUGUAGGUUCAUCAUUAGGGCAAUAACAGGACUUAAAAGCUGGUUUUGUGCUUUUGGGUCACAGCAGGUUGUUCCUCUUCCAAUCUAUCAGCUUGGAAAGUCAAGACUUCAAUGUGCCUUAGGAAAGCAAUGUGAUGCAGGAAAAAACACCAGCUGUAUGAUGGUGUUUUAUUUCUCCUUUAUUUUCUGUUGUUUUAUUUUAUUUUUUUGGAGGGAUCUGGCCAAAUUUUAAACUGCAGACAAGAAGGCUGCAGCUCUCCCUCACAUCACGCUUUAUUUUAGUUGAUAAGUACUGUUUAUUUUCACUCAAAUUUGAUUUCAUAAUUCCCCCACCUCCCUUCCUCUGUGGUUUGCAGUGCUAUAAAAAAUGCAAAGACUGGAAUAAAAUGAAAUAAAGCGUGUGAUGUCUACUUGGUAAAAGACAGAUUAUGUAUACUGCAGGGGAAAAUUUCAUUUAAUUUGGAUGUUUUAUUCUAGAGUGAUUUAGACUUCUCUAUGCUUUUAAUUGAGGUAAUUUUGAUAAUGGCUCAAUGAUAGAAUUCAUUUAUACCUUGAAAAUUAAAAAAAAAAUCACUAAUACACGUUAUUACUAGGUAAAGAGCAAAAAUACUAUAAACAUAUACCAGCAGCAGCUGCACCUGUGCAAUAUUUGGUUGGAUGAAAACUAAAGAUUUGUGGCGCUGGCUGCACAUUUUCAGUCACUUGCUUCUUUUUUAAGGUGUAUGAGAAGAGCUCUUCCUGUUAUGUGUUGUGGAUGUAAUGAAAAAAAGUGCACGUUUAAGCCUAAAACCAAAUGAUUUGCUGUAUGAAAGCAAACUAGCAAACAGCCUCCUUUUUCUCCUCCUGAACUGUGUCCUAUAGCCAAGCUUCCCCUCCGGGGUCAUCUCUUUGAUCUACAGUAUUUUUAAACUUCUGUUAUGAUUGUGUAUUUUUUUUUCAAUUUAGUUAACGAAUAAUUGUCAAGCCCAGUCUCUUAUAGCGGGAUCUUUGAGACGGAGCUCUAUAUUCAGACGGUCUUCUUAUCGCAGGAUAGUUGGGGAAUGAAACCUUUUACGUCUGUUCUGUAUUUAUUGUAAUAUUCACCUGAGCACUAUGCGAAAUAUAGAUUAAUUUGAUGUUUAAAUGCAUUUGCAUUUAUAGCAUACUGUAUGUUUAUAAAUAAAAUGUUAUACAUUAA